CCGCCCUGUUCUCUUCCCCUCUCGCCCAUCACCAUAGCCUCGCCUCGCUCGCUCCGUUUAUUUUACUUUUCUCCCGUCUCGCCUCCGAGCUGCUGUUAUAUCCUCCGCCCGCUUUCCUCUCCUCUCCCUCAUAGCCCUAUCCCCUCCCCCUCCCCUCCUCCUAGAUGCUGCCAGCCGCGGCCUGACCUGAGUCACCGUCUCCACGCCCCUCCCCGUCUCCCGUUCUUCGCUGCCGCGGGGGUGUGCCUUCCCGGAGCGCCAAGCACAGCAGCAGCUUCCCUCAUUGUGCAGAUGAUGGGUUGCUUCACUGUUCUCAGAUCAAAGAAGAAGAAGAGUCCUCUUGUUCCGACCAAGAAAUCGGCUGAUGCAAGGGAAAGCACGUCCUCAAGGCUCCCAGACCCAGAAGCUCAUGUGCCAUCGUUACAAUCUGCUCCUCCUAGUUUUAGGAACAAGGCCAAAAUCCACCAAUCGGCAAAGAAAGUUUCUUACAGCAGAGCACGUGUGCUGUCUGCUCCUUCCAGCCUAGUUGUGGUUGAUCAGGAUGGCCUUCCAUAUGACGAGUUCGAUGAUCAAGAUGACUCCAGGGGCAAGGGAAGUUCUAUAAAGGGCCACCGUUUCUCUAAUCCACUGCCCCUUCCUCUCCCGUCACCGGAAGAAAGAUCAUUCAGGAACUUUGGUAGCUUCAAAGCCAUUAAUGCAAGUGGGCCACUCGAUGCUUCAGGCCCUCUCCCACUUCCUCCAAAGAAGUGUGACGGGCUUAAGAAUUUCUCAUAUGAGGAGGUUUCAUCAGCAUGCCAAUGGUUUUCUGGUGACAAUUGUGUCUCUGAAACUUUGACAUCAACAUCAUACAAGGCGUCCUUUAGUGAUGAUUUUACUGACCUAAAGACCAUUGAAGCAAUAGUAGCUCGACUGCUCCCCUCCACUCAGAGUUUGAAGGAGUUUAAAACACAAGUGAAUACAUUGGCAUCACUUCAGCAUCCCAACUUAUGUAAGCUAAUUGGCUUUCAUGCGAGAGAAGAAUCAAAUGUAAGGAUGUUGGUCUAUGAGCGACUCCAUCAUGGCAGCUUAGAUAAACUACUCUUUGGAAGAUCGGAUGGUCGUUUCAUGGACUGGUCAGCACGUUUGAAGGUUGCUCUUGGUGCUGCUAGAGGUCUGGCUUUCCUACAUGAUGAAGGGCCUUUUCAGGCCAUGUAUAAUGACUUCUCAACUUCAAACAUCCAAAUUGACAAAGAUUUCACUGCAAAGCUAUCAGGAUAUGGAUGUGUUGGAUUCAAUACCGAGGAGGAGAUAUCAAAUGCAUCUGUGGCUGCUGCAAACCUCUCAGUAGAAACCUUGGAGAAAGGUGUACUGACUCCCAAGAGCAAUGUAUGGUGUUUUGGAGUUGUCCUCCUGGAGCUAAUAACAGGAAGGAAGAACCUUGAUGUCCGUUCCUCAAAAGAAGAACGCAAUAUUGUCAAGUGGAGUAGGCCUUUCCUCACUGAUGAUAGUCGCCUAUCCCUAAUCAUGGACUCCCGUAUAAAAGGACGCUUCCCUACUAAGGCUGCUCGGAUUGUAGCAGAUAUUAUACUGAGAUGCCUUAAUAUAGAUCCAUCAGAGAGGCCUACCAUGAGGGCCGUCGUGGAGUCCCUAGCAAGCGUCCAAGACAUAAAGGUUCCAUGUCGAUAUCCUUUGCAAGAGCCAUCUGCUGCCCCAAGAAAGGUGAUGUUAAAAUCAACAAGUCUCAAUGGCAUCGUUCAUCAGCAUCCAGCCAUAACAUUCUCACCAUCGCCUCCUUCCCGAAACCAACAUUUGCUCUCGCCAAGAUCAUCCACAUCUGCACUGCUUCCUCCAAGGACCAGCUGUGGUUUGGAUGACCCCAAAGUAAGCUCUAUCAAGAAAUUGCCUUCCCCUGUUCUACGGAGAUCUGGUGUUGAGGGUUUUUGAUUGUCCAUAUUAUUUUGCCUCUUCUCUUCACUCUGAUUUGUUUGUUAUUUUUCUAGACUAGUGGUUUUAGUGUAAUCUGAUAUAUUGCAAGACAAAAUGGCCUUAUGGACUCCCUUCAGUAGUAGCUAAGAAGGGCAGGGUGAAUUGUAGAUAGAACCAGGUUGUAGAUACUUUUCGUUUUCUAAUUGGAUGGCAGCAGCGUGUUGAGUGCGCCUUGUAAA